AUGACUAAGUCACAUAUAUUCGGUUUGCUAAAAGAUCAGGUUGAUCUCAUUGAACAAAAACAUACAAUAAGAUUAAAUGGCAUAAAUAAUAAUUCAACAAGUAAUCUAAGCAGCUCAGAAGUUGUUGAUGGUAUAUAUGAAUUCUUACAUUCAUUUGAUCCUCCAUUAAUUGUUGAAAAGUUAUCAUUAGAAGAUAAUUAUUUCCCAGAAUUGCCAUCAAAUUUUUAUAAAAUUGCAUCAAGAUUGAAAUAUUUGGAUUUACAUAAUAAUUCAAUUGCUUAUAUCCCAAAAGAUUUCUUUUAUAAAUUAGCCAGUUUAGAAAUUUUGGAUUUAUCAUCAAAUAAAUUGACAUAUUUACCUGAUUCAAUAUCAAUACUUACAAACUUAAAAGUCAUUUCAAUUAAAGAUAAUAGAUUUCGAUAUAUUAAUCCAUCGCUUGGAGAGUUAUCAAAUUUAAAUUUAAUCGAAGUAACUAACAAUCCAUUAAUAUUACCAUCAAAUGAAAUUAUUAAAACUUUUCAAAAACAAAAAUCUGAUUUAGAUUGGGUACAUGAAUUAAAGAAUUAUUUAGUAACUAAUAGAGUAUUGAUCCGAAUGCGAAUCGAAGAUUCAAUGAACAAAGAAGCAAGAAGACCAUAUGAAUAUCCUGAUUUAAUUGGAGAAUCAAUCCAUGGUACAUCCCCACCAGUUAGAAGAUCACAAAGUAUUAGUGAAGGAACCAAAAUCAAAUCAUCCAAAGCAUCUCGAAGAAUGGGAUUAAUCAUUAGAAAGUCGGACGAUUUGAAUAAUGAAUCAGCAAACAAACAUAUUAGGCCAUCGUCAAUAGAAGAAGAUAUCAACAACAACAACAACAACAACAGGUCGUAUAAUACAGUAGAUUACAAAAGCACACCACCAUCGCAUCCUCCACCACCUCCACUUUCUGCUCCCAUCGUCGACCAUGGAUUUGGUAAUCUUUCUAGUCCACCUAGACUUGUUGUACAAACUACAACCGAAACAACUUCCAGUCUGCCUAGCAUAUCCCAUUCACCUUCUUCAAUCACAAGCGGAUUAAGAUCAAUCCCAGCUUCAACUAAAUCACCUUCUAGAUCUAGAUCAAACACACUUAAGGAGAUUGAUAGAAUAUUAGAAAAGAGUGAAAGUGUAGAUACAGAACAUAAAUCAAGUGCGUAUUUUAGAAGAUUAUCAACCUUGCAAGAAAUACCACAAGAUGAAUCUGAUGUAGGAGAUGACGAACAACAUCAUCAUCCGAAAAAUAAUAUGUCCCAAGAUGGAAGAUUAACUCUUCCGUCUGUCCCAUCCAAUGAAAUUUCGAGUAAAGAUACUACCCCUUCUUCUUCAAGUCACGUUUCCCGGAAUCCUGCAUUAUCAAUCAUAACAACUACAAAUGAUACAGGAGGAAGUCAAUUGAAUAAAAUUGCAUUAACUCAACGCAAGCAUUCGAGUAUUACUAUUGUUAAAGUAUCCAGAAAGAUCUUGUUUUCAUUUAGUGAAUUGCAUUCGUCCAUUAGAAGAUUUACUGGAUUUUCAUCGGAUAAAAAAGUCACCAUCAAGAUGGUAUCAUUUUUAUACAGCACCAAAUCAAAUAUUGAUACAUUAGUUGAAAAUCUUGAAAUUAUGGAAGAAACGGGGAAUAAUUUAGAUCUGAUUGUUACAUCAUUGCAUACUUGUAUAACAUCCUUCAAGGCAAUGAUGAGUUUGUUAUCUGAGAAUUUCAGUAGUUUUGUCAAUAAGAUUGAUAUCUGUUUUAUUAGAAUGUUAUAUCUUUCCAUGUAUGGAUCAUUUAAUGAGUUACAAAAUGCAUUUUCAUUAUUGGUUGCAUCAACAAAAUCAGAACCAAAGUUUGUUUAUACCCCAGUCGUUGAAUCUAAACCAAAAUUACCUCCAAUUGGUGUUGAUCAUCUUGAAGAAGUGGAUGAGAAAUUGUAUGUUACUAUUGAAUCAGCGACUACAAAUGCACAGCUUAUUUUCAAUGAAUUGAAUCAAGCAAUUAAUAAAGUAGUCAUUUCAAGUUCUCCAGAAAACCAACCUCAAGUUGCAAAUAGAGUUAAGGAAUUGAUAAAUGUCUGUGCUGCAUCCUUAGAAAUAACCAAGCGAUUACAGACUAAAUUGUAUACAAUUCGAAAUAAUCCAUCACAAACAACCAAGAAAUUAUUUGCUGAAGAUAUUAAUCAAUUUAUUAAAACCAUGGUUCAAACAUUAGCAUCAGUCAAGGCGAUAGUUAAAGAUUUACCCAUUUUAGAUGAUAUUCGUGGAUCAAUGUCAAAUUUAACCAAAACUGCCAAAGAAGUCACAUAUAUGUUAGAGGUAUCUUCCUAUAAAUCCCUCUUACCAGAAGCAUCAUCCUCAUCAUCCUCAUCUGCCCCUGGGGGAGCAGCUGUACAAUCAGCACCUGCAGCUUCUUCACAUGUUCCACCUCCAUUAAUGUCAAUGCCAUCUGCAUCUUCAUUCAUGUCCAGUGGUCCGGCACCUAUGCGUACACCAUUGGUUGCAACUGGUAGUCAGAUCAGUGGUGGGAAUAUUCAAGAAAUGUUUGUGGCUGCAAAUAGUCCAGUUGGAUCAGUUGCCAAUACACCAUCUCCAUUGGCACAGACAAAUAUGCAUAAGAAUGGUCCUAAUCCUUUUGAUAAUUUGACUAUUAAUAGAUCGUCUGAUAUAAAUGGUAGUGGGAGUAAUGGAAAUAAUAGUGAAAUGUAG